AUGUCGGUGUAUGACAAGUACACAGAUAAGGUGGAAAAUCACCACUGGGGUCCAAAAGAAAGUAACAGAAUUGGAAAGAGGACGCUGGAACCAGACAGGGACCUCUUCACACACCUACCAACACAGGACACAGAAAGUGAAGUCCACUCGGUCACCACCGUCUCACCGAUGAACAUCCCCAACCACCAGCCUUUCCUCAGGGGCCUGCUGCUUCACGAACACCUACUUACAAGGAACUUCCAGGGAGACCAGCAUUUUUUUAGGAAGGACGGCUCUGUGGCUGGUUAUCCCACCAUGCCAGGCUCUGCGUCGGCUCUGAAUGCAGGAGACCCUGUCACUCAGCUCGUGCCCCAUGAGGACGCCCCGGCCUUUUCAGACGUUGCCACUACUGCCACUGCGGCCGCCACCUCCCCGCUGACCACAUUUCCUCCCACAACACCGGCGUCGCCCAUGUCCUUCCCUCACAAGAAGUCAUCUAAGGAGAGGACCAUUGGGGCGGACAAGUUAGAGCCAACAACGGACUCCCUCACCACUCAAGUGACACCACAAAACAGAGGUGAAGGCAACCCGGCGGGUCCCCUAUCCUCACGGGACAGCCAGCGUCGAAGCUGGAGUACUUUCCCCGUAGAUGCCACCCUUGCACCCUCCUCAAUGAGGAUGGAGAAAGGGGAAGGUAGGGAAACCGCAGUGAAAAACAAAAGCAGCCCCGAUCAUCUCCUACCAAAGCAAACUCCAGCUUCUCGAGAAGAAGGUACCACAACAACAUCCACAAGCGUCAUCACGACUACCACAAUCACCACCAUGCAGACAUCAGAGCCGUGCAGUCUGAAUUUCACUGACCCUGAGGGUAACAUUGAAAUCCUACAGCAACUUGACUCUGGAGUGGAGUGUAACUACUUGAUUACUGUCUACCUGGGAUACGGCAUCGAGGUUCAGGUGCUAAAUGUGAGUGUGUUGGAGGGAGAGCAGGUGACAGUGGAGGAUACAGGAGGUCAAGAACCCUUCAUUCUUGCCAAUGAGUCAGUCCUAAUGAGGGGCCUUGUACUGCGCAGCUGGAGCAACCAGAUCUCCAUCCGUUUUCGUAGCGACCAGCGUCACAAUUCAGGACUCCUCCUGCUGCAUUACCAAGCUUUUGUGCUGAGCUGCACAUUUCCCAAAGAGCCUGCCGGUGGAGAAGUUUCGGUGACGCACCUCCACGCCGGCGGAGAAGCCUUCUUCCGUUGUUCCACUGGAUACAAGCUGCAAGGCCCGAAAAUACUCACCUGCCGCAACGCAACGACACCUUACUGGAGCGGAAAAGAACCCAAAUGUGUCGCAUCCUGUGGGGGAAUGAUAAAAAAUGCCACCUAUGGUCGCAUCGUCUCUCCCGGUUUCCCUGGCAACUACAGCAACAAUCUGACCUGCCACUGGGUCCUGGAGGCCCCCGAAGGCCACCGGCUUCACAUACACUUUGAGAAGGUGGCUCUGGCUGAGGACGAUGACAGGUUGCUGAUUAAAAACGGCAACAACAUAGACUCUCCCCCCGUGUACGACUCCUACGAGGUAGAAUACCUGCCCAACGAGGGCGUCCUCAGCACCGGACGUUACCUGUUUGUGGAGUUCACCACAGACGGGACGAUGACCUCCACCGGCGCAGCCAUCAGAUACGAAGCUUUCGCAAAAGGAAUGUGCUACGAGCCCUUCGUGAAAUACGGCAACUUCAGCAGCAGCGACUCCACCUAUGGCGUGGGCGCGGUGGUUGAAUUCUCGUGUGACCCCGGCUACACGCUGGAGCAAGGUUCCGUCGUGAUUGAGUGCGUCGAUGCGCAAAACCCACAGUGGAAUGAGACCGAACCAGCCUGUAGGGCUGUGUGCAGCGGGGAGAUCACAGACUCUGCUGGUGUGGUGUUGUCUCCUAACUGGCCCGAGGCCUAUGACAAGGGGCAGGACUGCAUCUGGGGCAUCCAUGUGGAAGAAGACAAGCGGAUCAUGCUCGACAUCCAAGUCCUCCAUGUGGGUAAGAAUGACCUGCUGACCUUCUACGACGGCGAUGACCUGACAGCCAACAUCCUGGGCCAAUACAGCGGCACCAAGCCACACUUCAAGCUCUACACCUCCAUGGCUGACGUCACUAUACAGUUUCAGUCCGAUCCUGCCACCAACAUCUACGGAUACAACAAUGGAUUUGUGGUGCACUUCUUUGAGGUGCCAAGGAAUGACACCUGCUCGGAGCUGCCGGAGAUCACCAACGGCUGGAAGAGCACGUCUCACCCCGACCUCAUUCACGGAACCGUCAUCACCUAUCAGUGCUACCCUGGAUUCGAGCUGGUAGGCUCCGAGAUCCUCAUGUGCCAGUGGGAUCUCACGUGGAGCGGUGAUGUGCCGAGGUGUGAGGAAGUCAUGACGUGUCAGGACCCUGGAAACGUGGAGCACAGUCGUAAAGUGAUCGCAGGCAGCCGCUUCACCGUUGGAUCGACCGUGCAGUUUAUCUGCAACAAAGGUUACGUCCUGUCAGGCUCCAGCCUCCUCACCUGCUACAACCGAGAUUCAGCCACUCCCAAGUGGAGCGAGAAGCUGCCCAAGUGUGUCCCUGAAAAGUAUGAGCCAUGCAGGAACCCUGGUGCCGCAUCCACCAGCGUGCAGAGCUCUGAAAAGGCCUUUUAUCAAGCUGGAGAGACGCUGACCUUCUCCUGCCACACCGGCUACGAGCUGCAGGGUGAGGCCACCAUUUAUUGUAUCCCCGGACACCCGUCACAGUGGAACAGCACUCCUCCCGCCUGCAGAGCUUCCACAACACAGUACGCGAACGAACGCAGGCUGGAUGUUGUGAACAAUAUGGAUUACGGGAUGGAGGGAACCAACAUCGCCCUGGCGGUUUUUAUUCCAACCGCAGUCAUCUUGGUAGUUGUCCUCGGGAUUUAUGUCUACUUUGCAAAACUCCAGGGGAAGUCCAUCAGAAUGCCAACGUCCUCGCCGCCGUACGACAACAUGACAGAAGAGUCAGCUUUCGACAACCCUAUAUAUGAGAGCGGACACUGGCAGACUCAUUCUAGAUACUAA